UCUCGAUCGACAGCUGAAAAUGAAAAGUCGGCAACGCUGGCUCGAAAACAGCUGACACGAAAAGUAAAAAGCUCGGCGCAGCAGCUUAUGAGGAAUGGCAUUGUGAGUGCUGUCGAUGGCUACUCAUCUUCAAAGCAAUGCAGCGAUGUGCAGCUAGAAAUAAGCAACACGGAGAGACCGGAAAUCCUGACGUUCAAGGUGUCCGAACCAGCAAAGAAUUCCACAUAUGAGAUGGAGAUGGACUGGCAGAAGCUCACCAAAGCUGGCACCGAACCAAGCAGCACGAUCCGGAUUGCCGACAAAAUGACCGCUAAUGCACACAAACUGGUUGCUUAUAUAAAUCAAACAAUUUAUGCCAAAUAA